CACCAACAUGAAGAAACAACACAACAAUACUCAAGGAAUGAUACAACUACAAUGAGGGAGACACACAAAGUCUAUCAACCUUCUCUCGAGUUGAGUGUAGCACUAAAACAAAAUACUUCAUCAUCUAAUGAUGAAGCUCGAGUUUCUAAUAAUUCAACAUUCAUUCGAAAUGAACCUGUCGUGAUGACCAUGGAAAAUAUUACCAUCUCGUCGCCUAUUUAUCCAUCAAAUAGUGGCAAAUCUCUAACAACAAAAUCAUCAGAAGAAACAUCAAGGAGUGGAACAAGCAGUAAUAGCAGUAGUAAUAGUAGUUUGGGUAAUUCUCAAGUUAAUUUAUACCAAUUUACAUCAUCGGAAAAUGGAAUGAUGGAUAUUUCAGGACAGCUCUUGUAUUCAGGAGCUCCCUCGCCAAGAAUUACAGAUAAUGAUCCAGUAUUUGCCAAUGUAAAUAUACCACUGGAGGAUGAUGAAAGAUUGAGUGCUUCAUCAAUUGGAAAAAGGGAUUUGAAUGAAUUAUUGUCCAAAUCAGCUCCUAAUUUAACCAGUGCUUUAUCUGCUGUAAAUAUUGCAUUCGUGAUGAGUGAAAACAACUUGGGUGAUUAUACAUUUGGAACAAAUGAAGAAUCAAUAUUUGGCAACUCAACUAUGCUCCUUUCAAUGGGACAAAAAGUUUCAUCACCAGCCAUUUCUAAGCAAACUCCAAAAAAGCAAGAAGAAAAUAUUGAUUUUUUACCACUUCAUGGAACAACACAAUCACCAAAUUUAAACUCAAAAAGGAGAAUGUCUCAUCAACAUGAAUGCACUCCAACAAAAUUACAACAGGAACAAACCACUCUUGUUGUAACUCCUGUCUAUCCAUCUCCAUCGUCUGACGACAAGGUUAUUGAUGAAUUUUUGGAAGGAAAUAAUCGAGGAAGAAAAUCAAGAAGCAAGUCAACCAUCAGUGCUGCUACUCCUAUGAAAAAUGAAGUUAUGAAUCAAAUGAGUCCAAUUACUCCAACCAAGCUUGCUAUUUUGAGAAAUGCCACAAACAGUUCUCUUAAGCAUACAUUACCUCCUCAUUUGCAAACAAAAUUUAGCAAUACUCCUUCUGCAUCACCAGGUGCUAUGAGCGUAGAAACCACUGGAAGUGUAGAUUCACCAGCCGCUCUUUCUACUAGUUUCCAUCUCGAUCCUCAAACAAAGGACUCAAUCACUCAAAGCUUAAAGAGAAAAUACUCCAAGGCUGGAUCUCGAAGCAAGUUCUCAAAAUCUGUUAUAGAUGAUCACAGACUUUCUAUGAGUUUGGAAACAAUUGGAAUAGUACUGGAACAUAGGAGCAGUACUAAUAAUUUACUUGCAAAAACCUCUAUGAAGGGUUCUGAUUUAUUGCAAGCUGUUUUACAGUUACAACAAGAGAGAAAAGACACCCCAAUGCCUGAAAAAACCAUUGAGCAAAAGGAGUCAGAGGAACUGGAACGAAAGAAGAAUGUACUCAGAAAAGAGAUGGCGGGAUUUGACAAGAUGCAGCUCAAUCAAAGGUUAUAUGCUGCCUGUAAAGAAAAUGAUGCUAUUACAUCUACACUCAUUUUGGAUGAAUUUAAUGUAGAUAUUAAUUGGAAAAAUACUCAAGAUAUGGAGAAAGGCUUCCUCCAUCUUUGCGCAAGGGAGAACAAUACUGAGCUAAUGGAAUUAUUGCUCGAUCGUAAUGCUGAUCCCAAUAUGAAAGACAAAGUGUCAAGAACACCACUUCAUGUUGCUUGUUCAUCAGGAUCCCACUUUUGUAUGGUUUUACUGUUAGGUCAUGAUGCUAGUCCAAAUGUGAGAGAUGAAUAUGGAUUCUCACCACUUGGAUUAGCUUUGAAACAACAUCAUUUUGACAUGGCUAAGGAUUUACUAUUGUUUGGAGCAGAUGUAAAUCUCAAGCUCUAUGAUGGUAGCACAAUUUUACACGACUUUUUCGGAAAUGGAGAUAUGGAAGUUGUUAAAUUUCUCAUUAACGAUCUUCCAGAUUCACAUACUCUGUUGACCAUGGUAAGAAAUGAUCAUGGUUGGUCAGCAUUAUUUUGUGCAAUUCAGAACUCACAAAUUGAUGUCAUUAGGUAUCUCUUAACUUCCAAAUAUCAAACCCAAAUCUUUAAUUCACUUUCCAACUCUUCCAAUAGUGGAGAGAACGUAUUCCACAUAGUAGCCAAGUCAGGCGAUGUUGACAUGUUGUCAGAGUUAAUUAACAUUUUCAAUGAACGAGAAUCGCAAGAGCAUAAAAUGUUAUUGCAGCAAACAAUGAGCAAUGUACCAAACUAUAAGAAGAAUAUGGUGAGUCAACGAGUCCAAACCUUACUGAACUAUCAGGACAAUAUGAGAAAAAUGACACCUCUCCACAUUGCUGCCAAGACAAAGAAAGCAGUCAUGGUAAGAGAAUUACUGAGACUUACAACUUUGAGUCAUUCUGGUGAACUAAUUGACAAGAAGAAGAAACUUUACAGAGCCAUAGAUGUUAAUAUUGCAGACAAGAAAGGAAAUACACCUCUCCACUAUUGUUUCAUUGAUGUCAAAGAUAGAGACCUCACAAACUCUGAGAAGGCAAUGAUAACCUUCAUAACAAGUAGCAAAGCAUGUAAAACUGAUAUCAAAAAUGAGAAAGGACUUACAAAAUUCUCUACCCUUUUGCGCUCCGCCUCAUCAGCACCAGCCGGCGCUAGACCAUAUUCGACCUACAGGGUUAAAAUUAAAAAGUCAACAAAGGCAACCAACGGAACUAAACAACAUCAUCAACAAUCUUUCGUAAAAACCGAAAAGAUUGAAGAAAGUACUCAACAAUUUUUUGACCAUCCAGACUUCCAAAAGGAAAAUAGAUACUUGCUCGCUAGAAUUGAUGUUUUGAAUAUGGGCAAGGCUCCAUCAAACAUGCCUGUAGUUAAGGAAGUAUCGGGAAAGGAAUGGCAAGAAAAGAAGAAACAACAGACUGCUACUGCUUUUGAACAAUUGGAUCUUCAUGUUGAUCUUUUCCCAAAGCAAGUUGAAGAAUCUACCUUCAAACAAGACUUGCUUUCUAAUCUUUCUACUCCACUCAAUGUUACCUUUGCUAAAGAAAACGAAACCAAGACUUUCUCAAAUACUUCAUUGCUUGGUAAUUUCAUUGAAUCAAAGACAACUGAACAAGUACCAAAAGUUUCAUUUGAAGGAGAAAAGGGAGCUUUUUAUACAUUGGUAAUGUUGACACCUGAUUAUCCAUUCAGACUCAUUCCUGAUAAGGGUAGUUUCAUUCACUGGAUGGUUGCCAAUAUUCCUGGUGAAAGUGCUGAUGCUACAAAGGGUGAAACUGUUUGUUCAUACAUUCCACCAUUGCCAACUGAAUGUGCUGGUACAUUCCGUUAUAUUUUCUUAUUGUACAAACAAAAUGGAAAGAUUGAAAAUGUUGAAAAAGUUAGAGAAACUUUGUUGACUACUGAAUCAUACAAACAACCACAACAAUAUGAAGUUUUGAAGCAAGAUCAAGAACUUAACAAGAAAAUGAAGGAAAAGAUGAGAAGAAAUGCUUACCAAUACGAAUAUGAAUAUAUUGACCAAAUUAUAGAUAAGAAAUUCAAAGCCCAUAGUAACUUGGUCUCGAUAGAUGGAGAAACUGGUUAUGAAAUUAAGGGAAGUGAUUACAGACCAAUUCAAACACCAGAACAAACAGCAAAGACUUUUGAAAUUAAUCAAAGAAGAUAUUUCGAUUUGAGCAAGUUGAUCAGUGAAAGCAAGAAGCCAUCAGGUAUGAGUUUCUUCAGAACUGAAUAUGAUAUGAGUGUUUCUGAACUCUAUCAAAAGAAUCAAUGGAAGGAACCUUUCUAUGUUCCACCAGAUGUUGUCCAUAAGGAAAUUGUCAAGAAGCAUAAGGUCUAUCAAGGCAUUUCUUUCAAGAAACAAAAGUACAUUAACUCUCUCAAUUGGAUUUAA